AUGCCGGACCGUAAGCUCACGUUCGAGGCUUGGGUGUCGACGACCGAUGGCUGCAAGUCCGGCACGCUCUUGUCGUACGCGGUGCCGUCGAACGAGAAGGACCGGCUGAAGAGGUCUGCGGACAUGAACAGCUUCGUCGUGUGGGACGUGACGAACCUCGCCGUGUGCCCGCACUUCUCGUACCUCAACCUGGUGCCUGACGUCAACCAACAGUCGUGCCGGGCUCAGUACGGAGACACCGCGACCGUCCACACGGCGAGCCUGGUGGACCAGGAAGGCGCGUGGAAGCACGUCGCGGUCACGUGGGACGCCGACCGCAACGGCACGACGCAGAUCUUCGUCAACGGCCUGCGCGUGGCGCACGCAGAGAGCGGGCACACUGACAGCCUCCCUCCGGGGGGCUCGCUCGUCCUCGGCGGCGAACAGGACUGUUACGGGGGCUGCACGGAGGAGAAGCAGGCCUUCUUCGGGCAGCUGGACGAAGUGCGCAUCUGGAGGACCGUCCGAUCGCAGGAUGAGAUCUGGCAGAACAUGCGCGGCGGCGCUGGGGUGGCCGGGCAACACGACCUCGUCGCGUACUGGAAGUUCAACGACCCGGACAACGACGGCGGCAUCUACGUCGCGCACGCGGCCGCGGCGGACAGCAGCGGCCGCGGCAACGACCUCCCGCUGGUGAGGCCGCCGCAGCUGUCUAACGUGGCGGUGGCGCUGCCGAACGGCGGGGGCACGCUGGCGCGGCACGCGCGGUUCGACAACUCGCUCGCGCUGAGCGGGGCGGCGCACGACGGCGUGGUGCCGCGCGGGGACGUGUCGGUGGAGUUUUGGGCGAAGAUCCCCGGGGUCGAGAACCACGAGGCUGUCAGGACGAUCAGCACGCGGGAUCGCCUGGAAGCGCGCCACGCGAUGCUGUCGUACGCGACCACGGUGCGGCGCGACCGCCACGACCCGAACGCAGCCCUGGACCCCGACAUGUCCAUGUUCGCCGACGACGCCAUCCUGAUCGUGAGGAAAGACACCGAAUACAACGCCACGAGCGACUUUGCGCAAGCGCGGGCGGUGCAGACGGCGGGCAGCGUGUACGUGCACAUCAACUCCAACGCGGACGGCCACGGCGGGCGCAACAAGAACUGGGUCGCUUUCGAGACGCGGUGGCUCGACGGAGCCUGGCACCACGUCGCGGUGACGUGGCAGAAGCAGACGGGGAUGACAAAGCUGUACUUCGACGGCGAGGAGAAGCAGGCCUUCUGGCGGUCGAAGGACGGCGCGACCGACGUCAAGCCCGGCGUCGAGAGCAGCAUCAGCGCGGGCACCGAGCGCGACCGCACCGGCUCCCUCGCGCUCGGACAGGACCAGGACUGCUUCGGAGGCUGCUUCGCGCCGCGCCAGGCCCUCCACGGCGCCCUCGGCCGCGUCCGCAUCUUCGGCACGGUCCUCUCGGCCGAAGAAGUCGCCAGCGCUCUGCGCACCGACACCCAGGACCUGCCCAAGGCGAUCCUGACGGCCAGAGCCCUCUCGUACGACAUGGACCCGGUCGACGUGCGCGGCACCGAGCUCCUCAGGGACUCCGGCGCCUCCGCGAUGCACCUCACGCUCACGUCGCCCGGCCCCACCUGGGAGUACUCCACCGCUCCGCUCGACGCCGAGGACGGCGGCGGGGCGGCGCCGAUGCCGGUCGCCGGCGGCGCGGGCCACGCGCUUGCGUUGUCGGGCAGACAGGCGCUGAUGCUGCCGCGGUUCGUCGGGUUCCCCGCGACGGCGCUGACGCUGGAGUUCUUCAUCAAGAGUGCGUCGCGGUGCUCGAUGGGCGCGGUGUUCUCGUACGCGACGGGGGACGAGUACGGCAAGGACGAUAACUCGUUCCUGUUGUUCAACCACCGGGACUGGGGCGUGUCUGUCAUGGAGGACGAGGGCACUUUUGCGGACCACACCGCGGGCAUCGGGGCCAACGACGGGGCGUGGCACCACAUCGCGGUGACGUGGGAGUCUGCCUCGGGCCGCGUCUACCUCUACGACAACGGCCGGCUCGUGUGGAGCGUGCUGCGCGGCAAGGGCAGGACCAUCCCCUCGGACGGCACGCUCGUGGUGGGGCGGGAGCAGGACUGCCGCGGGGGGUGCUUCGACAGCGGGCCGGGCGCGGAGGGUGACACGUCGUCCGGGGCGGCGGAGUGGGGCUCGCAGGACCUCGUCGGCAGCGUCGAUCAGAUGCGGCUGUGGAGUCGUGCACUGUCCCACCAGGAGAUCCUCGACAACGUCGCGUUGGACGAAGCGCGGACUGCGGGUUCCAAUUUUUCCAAGCCGGGCGUGGAUCCGAGCAGCAAGGGCCUGGUUGCGUACUGGCGGAUGGACGAGGGCGAGGGCUACGUCGUGCGCGACGUCACGGGCCACGGGCACGACCUGCGCAUGGCCUCGGAGCCGCGCUGGGUGGUGACGCGCUGGUUCUCAAUCUGCGGGGACGGCGUGCGGCAGGGAAGCGAGGAGUGCGACACGGGGCUCGACGCGACCGGCGGGUGCGACGAGCGCUGCCGCGUCCGCUCGGGCUGGUGGUGUGUGGGCGACCACCCCAGCGUGUGCUUCAAAGGCGCUGCGGGCGACGACACGGACACGGACGACGACAGCGACGACGAGGACGGCGGUGCGGGUCACGGGCACGCGGGGUCGCGCCGCUUCUUGCUCGUGGCCGCGCUGGUGAUCGUCGCGGGGUUGGCGGUGUUCGUUGCCGUCGCUGGGGGUUGCGGGAGGGCGGCGGUGAAUGGCGCUCGUGACGCGUGCUCGGAUCUCGCACGGUGGGCCUCGCGGACGGCCCGGGACAUGCGCAGGCCGCGGGCAUACGAGCGGGGUCUCGACGACCUCGAGGCCGACAACGCGGCGCCUGAUUUCUCCCAGAGCGUCGGGCAGCCGCUCGCAAGCCGCGGCGGGUACGCAGCGAUCCCUCACGCCGGCUGGGGCACGCCGGGCACGCCGCAGCGCGAUGCGUGGGGACGCGCGGGGCGUGACAAGCGCGAGGCGCCCCACAGCCCGGAAGGGCGCGGGUUGCUGCAUGAUGACGCAUCGACAGCGUCGGAGGAGCAGACGCCACCGCACAAGGGCGCGAAGCCCGAAGGGUGA